ACUAUCCCGGAAGUAAAAUCAUUUCUGAAGCUUGUGUGUUUGUACAUUGCUGAAAAUCCUCCGCAGGUAUUAAUACAAGAGCCAUAUGAAGAAUUAGCUCAAUUUAAUCAUAAACAGUCUAUUAUAAACGUACAUGCAUUGCAGAAGAUAAAGCAGCUAGCUUGUGAAGAAGACGCAAUUGUAUUGAUGUGGAAUUGGACCAGGUGUUAGAAUACAAAAGGAUUCCAGUCCAGCACAAGGUGUCGGGAUGAGCUUCUUCAGUUUUGGACAAAGUGCUGAAAUUGACAUAGUUUUAAAUGAUGCAGAGACGAGAAAAAAGGCCGAGCACAAAACAGAGGACGGGAAAAAAGACAAAUACUUUCUGUUUUACGACGGGGAGACAGUCUCUGGGAAAGUCAACGUAACCCUGAAAAACCCAGGGAAGCGGCUCGAGCAUCAAGGGAUCAAAAUAGAAUUUAUCGGGCAAAUUGAAUUGUACUAUGACAGAGGAAACCACCAUGAGUUUGUCUCUCUGGUAAAGGAUUUAGCCCGGCCUGGAGAAAUGGCUCAAUCUCAGACCUUUGAUUUUGAGUUCACACACGUGGAGAAACCGUACGAGUCCUACACAGGCCAGAAUGUAAAACUGCGCUAUUUCCUGAGGGCAACCAUCAGCAGGAGACUGAAUGACAUCUGCAAAGAGAUGGACAUCGUAGUGCACACACUCAGCACUUAUCCAGAACUCAACUCCUCCAUAAAGAUGGAAGUGGGAAUUGAGGACUGUCUUCACAUUGAGUUUGAGUACAACAAGUCCAAGUAUCAUCUGAAAGAUGUGAUUGUGGGGAAGAUCUAUUUCCUAUUGGUGCGAAUUAAGAUCAAACACAUGGAAAUUGAUAUUAUUAAACGGGAGACAACAGGGACAGGGCCAAAUGUGUACCACGAAAAUGACACCAUUGCAAAAUACGAGAUUAUGGAUGGAGCACCUGUCCGAGGUGAAUCCAUCCCCAUCCGUCUUUUUCUGGCCGGGUACGAGAUGACGCCCACCAUGAGGGACAUUAAUAAAAAAUUCUCUGUUCGUUAUUACCUGAAUCUCGUACUCAUUGAUGAAGAAGAGCGACGUUACUUCAAACAACAGGAGAUUACACUAUGGAGGAAGGGAGACAUUGUGAGGAAGAGCAUGUCCCAUCAGGCUGCCAUCGCCUCCCAGCGCUUCGAGGGCUCGGCAAGCUCAGAGAAAGCACUCUCUCAAGCUAAAGAGGACAGCAACUAAACCCAACCAUGUCAGCUCAUCAUCUCAUGUGUGUAUGUGUUAGAGAGAGAGAGAGUGUGUGUGUAUGGAUUUAAAGAAGGCGCGUGCUCCCAAAAUAGAUUAAGCAACGUAAACAUGAGAUUUCACAUUCCUAAACAUUACAGUUUAUGAUCAACAAGUUCUUAAGUAGCUUUUAAAAAAGGGAUGAAUGUGAAAAGCAAAAACACUGAUUCCAAAAACCAUGAUUUGAUAUUUACAAAUUCUUGCUGGCGGUUCCUCUGAGAUAGUUUACUUUUUGUUCGCCACCCUGGAAUUAAUUGAUUUACUGAUUGUAUAUGUAAUUGAAACAUUUCAGCAGUCCAUCUAGACAACACAAACACAUUCCACACUCUAUGUUCCACUUACAGCCUUUUUUAAAAUCUGUAUUGAAUGUUUUGUUAUUGUAGAUUUUUUCUUUCAUAACAUACACAUUGCAUACAGUGUUCAACUUCUGUUUUCUAAUGAAAUGGUAUUUAACUAAUUCAUAUUUUUUGUGAUUUUAUUUUUUUUAAAUUUUUUUUUUAUAUAUAUACAGUAUGCUUACCGAUACAUGCCUUUUUACUUUUUGUUGCCAUUCCCGAAGAUAAAUUAUAAGCACUUCAGGGUUCUUGCCAAUGUGAUUUCAGUGUCUCAGGAGGAACCUCCAUAUCAGCUUCAAAAUAAUCACACAUUUCUGUUUAGAUUCAACUAACAAACCAAAUUAAUUUCCCUACAAGUAUGUAGCUGAACUGAAAUGCACCUUAAUUUUAUUUUCAUUUUAAGGUCUGUUGGUUUGUAUUGACAUCAUGAUACUUUAACAAGCUCCUUGCCAUGUUUUUAAUUGUAGAAAAAAAAUGAAUUUGAAUUCAGUAUUAUUGCUGUUGAGGUUUAGUUAUGGGAAACCAAAAUGUUUGAUGUUGGUUGAAGUUUUUGGUCAACACUUUACAAUAAGGUUAACUAUUGAACAACCAUAUUUUAAAGUGUUACUAAGUUGUCACAGGCUGUUUUGACGUUUAAUGUUCUUGAAUUUAGGAGGCAUUAAUGUCUUAUUUUUGUUCUCAUUUUUACCAACACUGGAGAUCGACUCUCAUAUUACAUGUCAUAGCUCUUAUCUUUUACUAACCACAAUAUAACCUAAAAUCUUCGAAAACUUUGACCAUAACAGUGCAACUUAGCAAAUGCUGAUAAAGUGUGAUCAGGAUGAAAAGCGGAAGCAUCAACACUUGGCGUGUCCUGGAAGUGAUUGCACCCCCAUUUUGAGACCGCAGGCCAUUAAGACCUCAAUCAAGGUAGCACCAUAUUUAAUUUUUGACAGAAAUGAAAACAAGGCUGUGAGGGAUAGAAUUACAGUGAGUUAAACUGUUUAACAACAAUCCGAUUUUUCGGCGAACAAAAAAUUUUUUUCCGAAAAAAAAUUCAGUAGACAAAAACUCCAUAAAACUGUUUUAAAAGGUGUUAGUUGUUGUUAAAAUGACAUGAUCUAGGACCUUUUAUACAGUGUGUGCAAGUGUAUAAAGACUGUACAUCUAUCGCUCACAGCCUUGUUUUCAUCCUUGUUAAAUUUAAUAUGGCGUCUAAUAUGACUAAGGUCUAUUAUAACUUCCUUUCAGAGCAGUGCUUUGUUAGUGGCUCUCAUUAUUGUGACUGUUUCUUGUCAUGUUAGGACCGAGGGGGUGUUUAUUCCGUCCGAAAAAUCAGGAUGAAUCAUCUCAUGAUGAGCUGCCUUCUCUGAGACUGCAAUUUCACAAAAUUGGGCUUUUGUUAGUACUUUCAUUCACUUAAGUAAACAAAAAAGGUCCUCGUGUCAGGGAAUGAACAUUAACUGAGAUCUAGAUCUGUGUUAUGUUAAAAAUGAUCAUGACAUACUGAUCGCACACUAAGCUAUUCCGAAUAUUCUUUGCUAAAAAUGCCUUUUUUUAACAUGGCAUGUAAAGGAACCCUUGCUUUUGGUGUCAAACUAGUAAAACAUGACGAGGCCUUUCACAGAGGGCUAAGCUCAUGUUUUGAUGUGUAAGUGAUAUUUCUGCUGUCUAUUUCACAGAUCUAACGCAUCUCUUUGCAGAAUACUCAUGGCUCUAUGUGCCAGACUGUGUUUACUGACUUCACGUAUAUGAUUUAACAAAUUAGCACUGUGUAUCCUUUCAAAACAUAGAAGGAACCAAGAAUUAAUUGUUUCCUAACUUUCUUUACAUUUAUCAUUGUGCAAAAAAGUGCUGCUUAAAACGGCAUUAGAUAACCAUAUUUCUAUAUUAAUAUUAUGUAUGUACAGUAUAUAUUUACAGAAUUGUAAGUAUAUGAUUUUGAAAUUAACUCUAUAUGAUUUAGAAAUCACUCUAAGGUACUAGCAGAGUUUACAAAAGGGAUUCUAGAAGAUUCUAGAACUGUGCUAAUGUCAAACAGGGUGCAGAACACACACAUGAUCUAACUGCUCUUUCAGUACUUGUGCUAUGACAUUUGUUUUUACUCUGAUUCCUCAGAUUAAAAAAAAAAAAAAAAAAAAAAAAAAGCUCAUCUUUUCCCUCAUAGAAA